AUGAAGGACAUUUCAUCUGGUUCUGGUGAUUUGAAUGAAGACAUUGAAAAGAGUGUGGCCCUUAUUUUAUCUGGGGUAGGAAUGACACAGAAUUCAAGGUAUUGGUCAAGGCAGUCAAUAGGCUCAAUGAGUCCUUCAACGUUAUGGGCAUCUGAGGAAUGGUUUGGGCUUUUGGUUUGUCGGUUGUUGGGUUUUGAAAAAGUAAGAAGAGGAAUGGUGGAACAAUUGCAAAGGCAGGUUGGGAGAAUGAUUGCAAGUGGUAGUGCGCACGUCUCCAACGAUUUUUGGGAAGUGUCCUUGCUGCUGGCAUGUGGUAAUGCACAAUCCAAACGUGGAGUCUCAUGGGCUUCCAGGGAUCCUCUACGAGUAGAGCACUGUUCCUGCCCUGUACAUGCGAUAAUGGCGAAGGGGACUAGGGCGCAAGAAGUUAAGCGUAUGGAGGAGAGUAUUUGCACUUUGAAAGAGAACUCUAACCGACAAGCUGCCGAUAUGAAGAGCCUUACUGAACGCCAUGUUGCAGACAUGAAAGACUUGAAACAAUUAGUUACUACGAUCAACAUCAAGUAUGAUCAGCUAGCUACCCACCUUUUGUUGAUCAAUGAGCAAGGGCAAGAGGAGACAUCUCGUGUUUCGAAGACUCCACUAGGAGGGCAACAAAUUUCUAUCCGUGAAGCAAUUCAGACUAGAUAUGCCUGUCUGGAUUUUCCCCAUUUCAAUGGUGAAAACCCCAAUGGUUGGGUAUACCACUACUAG